AUGUCUGACCUAAAGAGUGAACAAAAUGAAGAUAGCUCUUUUAAUUUCAAUGGCUCGAACGGCCAAGAGUUCCUCAAUAAGCCUGAACCGUCUGAGGUGGGUUCAAAUCCAGAAGAACCUCAACAAUCAAGCGGAGGUCCCAUAAGGAGAAAAAACAAUGCAAAAUCUCCCAUGGACGAGUUUUUUGAACGAACAAAAGAAUCUCAAACUUGUAAAAUAUGUAAAAAAAUGUAUGCUGGGAUUGGUGAAACCUCCACUGGUACCUUAAAAACUCACCUACGAAGGAAUCAUCAAUCCGAAUUUGAACGAGGUGCUCAACAGACUGACUUUGAACGAAAAACCCGAACAACUUUAAAUUUUCGAAGAGUAACACCGUAUACUCGACAAGACAAUUUUGAACGAAGCAGAUCUUUGAUUAAUUGGAUAGUAUCAACAAUGCAGCCUUUUUCUGUGUGUGGACUUCAAAUUCAUAAUAAUUCAAUUGAAAAAAUUCGAAAAUUUAUUAACAAAGUCAGGAGCUCUAAUCUAUUGAUGGAGGAUUUACGUCGUAUAUUCGAAGAUCAGAAUAUACCAUUUUCUAUUCCACAAAUCGAUUUUGAAUCUCAGUGGAGAUCAACGUACUUGAUGAUUGAAAAGGUGAAACAAAUGCAAAUACAAGCGAACCUACUUGUUUUACAACAUCAGGAUGAAUUUAUCGAUUCAUACCCUGAUGAAGAUGACUGGUUAAAUAUAAAUGAAUUGCUUACUGUCUUAUCCCCAUUUUAUUCUGCUACUUUAACGCUUUCUUCAUCUGUAUAUCCAACAAUGGGUGACCUUCAACUUACUUUUUGGAUUUUGAGACAACAUUUACAGCAUGAAAUAUCGGUCAAUGCUACUCGGUAUACUGUGGCUGAUUCUAUACUUCGUACUUUGGGCGAAUAUUGGUCAAUUAUCGAUGAGACUUCAAAAAUUGCAUCUGUGUUGGAUCCGCGCACAAAAUGUUCCAUUUUUCAACAAGGAUCAGAAACUGAUAACAUUAUAAAUUCUAUUCGGGCUAGGAUGGCUUCUUACACACCUUCUUCUUUAGACAUUUCUGAAAAUUCUAAUUCUAUCAUUACAUCCGCAUCAGAUCCAACACUCUUAUCAUCAUAUCAUUCUCCAACGACAUUUAAUAGAAUUGAUGCUCAGAUUGCCCGAUCACUUUUGUGUUUACAUAGUUGGAUAGUUGAAAAGAUUGGCGAAAACGGGGGUAUGGAUGAUCAAGCAGGUAGUGAUGAUGAUAGCAAUAUAAAAGUGGAAGUGAAAACAGAUAACAGCGAAAAAUAA